AUGGACCCAGUGAUGGACCCAGAAGCAACCUCGGUUUAUUUGGAAUAUUUCUUUGUUACAAGUCACAAUCCUGAUAUUGAAGAGACCCACUCCCAUGUUCCUUAUACAUCAGUCUUCCUUCCGGUCUUCUACACAGCUGUGUUCCUGAUUGGAGUGUCUGGGAACCUCAUUCUCAUGAGUGCACUGCAUUUCAAACGGGGCAGCCGAAGACUGAUCGACAUCUUUAUCAUCAACCUGGCUGCCUCCGACUUCAUCUUCGUCAUCACUUUGCCUCUCUGGGUGGAUAAAGAAGCAUCUCUGGGACUGUGGAGGACCGGCUCUUUCCUGUGCAAAGGAAGCUCCUACGUGAUCUCAGUCAACAUGCACUGCAAUGUCUUCUUGCUCACCUGCAUGAGUGUGGACCGCUACCUGGCCAUCGUGUGUCCAGCCGUAUCCAGGAAAGUCAGGAGGAGAGACUGUGCCUAUGCGGUCUGUGCCAGUGUCUGGUUUGUCUCCUGCCUCCUGGGGUUGCCUACCCUUCUGUCCAGGGAGCUUACCCUGAUUGAUGGUAAACCAUACUGUGCAGAGGAGAGGGCCACUCCCAUCAAACUGACUUGGGCCCUGGUAGCCUUAAUUUUUACAUUUUUUGCCCCUUUGGUGAGCAUUGUGUCCUGCUACUGUUGCAUCACAAGGAAGCUGUGUGUCCAUUACCAGCAGUCGGGAAAGCACAACAAAAAGCUGAGGAAAUCCAUAAAGAUCAUCUUUAUCGUUGUAGCAGCCUUUGUCCUCUCCUGGCUGCCCUUCAAUACUUUCAAGCUCCUGGCUAUUGUCUCUGGGUUGCAGCAAGAACUCUACCUGUCCUCAGCUUUUCUCCAGCGGGGGAUGGAGGUGAGCGGGCCCCUGGCAUUUGCCAACAGCUGCGUCAACCCUUUCAUUUACUAUAUCUUUGAUGGCUACAUCCGCCGGGCCAUCGUGCGCUGCUUGUGCCCUUGCCUGAAGAACUAUGACUUUGGGAGCAGCACCGAGACAUCAGACCUCACGAAGGCUCUCUCCAACUUUAUUCACGCAGAGGAUUUUGCCAGAAAGAGGAAGAGGUCUGUGUCCCUCUGA